GACUGUGUGAGUGGGUGAGUGGCUGUGUGAAUGGGUGAGUGACUGUGUGAGUAGUGUAGCCCGUGGGUGUGCUAGCGAUCUCACAGUACCCCUAGUCCAACCCCAUCACUCACAAUGGUUUAGUCCAACCCCGUCACCCACAAUGGUCUAGUCCAACCCCGUCACUCACAAUGGUCUAGUCCAACCCCGUCACUCACAAUGGUCUCGUCCAACCCCGUCACUCACAAUGGCCUAGUCCAAACCCAUCACUCGCAAUGGUUUAGUCCAACCCCAUCACUCGCAAUGGCCUAGCCCAACCCCGUCACCCACAAUGGUCUAGUCCAACCCCGUCACUCACAAUGGUCUAGUCCAACCCCGUCACUCACAAUGGUCUAGUCCAACCCCGUCACUCACAAUGGUCUAGUCCAACCCCAUCACUCCCGUCACUCACAAUGGCCUAGUCCAACUCCAUCACUCACAAUGGUUUAGUCCAACCACAUCACUCACAAUGAUCUCGUCCAACCCCGUCACUCACAAUGGUCUAGUCCAACCCCGUCACUCACAAUGGCCUAGUCCAACCCCAUCACUCAUAAUGGUUUAGUCCAACCUCAUCACUCGCAAUGGUCUAGUCCAAACCCCUUCACUCCCAAUGGUCUAGCCCAACCCCAUCACUCACAAUGGUCUAGCCCAACCCCGUCACUCACAAUGGCCUAGUCCAACCAAUAUCACUCACAAUGGUCUAGCCCAACCCCGUCACUCACAAUGGUCUAUUCCAACCCCGUCACUCACAAUGGUCUAGCCCAACCCCGUCACUCACAAUGGUCUAGCCCAACCCCGUCACAAUGGUCUAGUCCAACCCUGUCACUCACAAUGGUCUAGCCCAACCCCAUCACUCACAAUGGUUUAGUCCAACCCCAUAGCUCACAAUGGUCUAGUCCAACCCCAUCACUCACAAUGGUCUAGUCCAACCCCAUCACUCACAAUGGUCUAGCCCAACCCCGUCACUCACAAUGGCCUAGUCCAACCCCAUCACUCACAAUGGUCUAGCCCAACCCCAUCACUCACAAUGGUCUAGUCCAACCCCAUCACUCAUAAUGGCAUCGUCCAACCCCAUCACUCACAAUGGUCUAGCCCAACCCCGUCACUCACAAUGGCCUAGUCCAACCAAUAUCACUCACAAUGGUCUAGUCCAAACCCCUUCACUCCCAAUGGUCUAGCCCCAACCCCGUCACUCACAAUGGUCUAGUCCAAACCCCGUCACUCACAAUGGUCUAGUCCAAACCCCGUCCCUCACAAUGGUCUAGUCCAACCCCAUCACUGACAAUGGUCUAGUCCAACCCCGUCACUCACAAUGGUCUAGUCCAACCCCGUCACUCACAAAGGUCUAGUCCAAACCCCGUCACUCACAAUGUUCUAGCCCCAACCCCGUCACUCACAAUGGUCUAGUCCAAUCCCGUCACUCACAAUGGUCUAGUUCAACCCCCGUCACCCACAAUGGUCUAGUCUAACCCCGUCACUCACAAUGGUCUAGCCCCAACCCCGUCACUCACAAUGGUCUAGCCCCAACCCCGUCACUCACAAUGGUCAAGUCCAAACCCCGUCACUCACAAUGGUCUAGUCCAAACCCCGUCACUCACAAUGGUCUAGUUCAACCCCAUCACUGACAAUGGUCUAGUCCAACCCCGUCACUCACAAUGGUCUAGUCCAACCUCGUCACUCACAAAGGUCUAGUCCAAACCCCGUCACUCACAAUGUUCUAGCCCCAACCCCGUCACCCACAAUGGUCUAGUCCAACCCCGUCACUCACAAUGGUCUAGUCCAACCCCCGUCACCCACAAUGGUCUAGUCCAACCCCGUCACUCACAAUGGUCUAGCCCCAACCCCGUCACUCACAAUGGUCUAGCCCCAACCCCGUCACUCACAAUGGUCUAGUCCAAACCCCGUCACUCACAAUGGUCUCGACCGGCGUUUUUUUUUUUGCUGUUGUCGUCGUCGUCGCUCUCGUUGCAACCAAUGAGCGCGCGCCCGGCUGUCACGUGACGCGCACAUCCGGGAACCGCCGCUGAGUCUUCGUCGAGGCGGCAGUUUGCCCGCGGCCGCCUCCCUCGUCCGCGUUGCCAUGGGUGCGAUUUUUGAGGAGAAGAGCAGCACCUCGUGUGAGCGCUCCAUGGCUGGAGGCUGCCGGGGUCCCGAGCAGUCGCUCCCAGCGCAAGCACCGCACAACGGCACCACCGGCUGCUACAACAGGAAUGACGGCGCCAGUCUCCGGCGCUCUUCCUCUCACCGGGUUACUGCCAAGAGCCGCUCCACCUCCUCUUCCUCCUCCACCUCUUCCUCCUCCACCUCUUCCUCCUCCUCCUCCUCCACUUCCUCCACUUCCUCAUCAGCCUCAUCGCGCUCGGUGCAGCGUGGCCACCACCGCCACCACCACCGCCGACGCUCGUGUGGCAGCCGCAGUCGGCGCCGUGCCCGCCGGUGCAGCUGCUCACCGUCGCCACGCCGCUCGCGAGCCGCUCACCCCGCUCACCGCUACCGGCGCUCGCCCGGUCGCUCGCGCAGCCCGCGCCGGAGCCACCGCCGCCACCGGAGCCACCGCCGCCGCCGCUCGCCGUCACGCUCACCGUCACGCUCACCGUCACGCUCACCGUCACGCUCAACGUCGCACCGCCACGGUCGUAGCCGAAAGCGCUACCGCCACCACCACCACUACGACCACCACCACGACCACCACCACCAGGACCAGGACCACUACCACCACCACCACAACCACCACCACGACCACCACCACCAGGACCACGACCACCACCACGACCGGCAUCGCAGCUCCAGCCGGGGCUACCGCAACUCAGCCAUGGAAGCUCAGGAGGCGCUGGCUCGCCGGCUGGAGCGAGCCAAGAAGAUCCAGGAGCAGCGGGAGAAGGAGGCGAGGAAGCAGCAGCUGAAGGAGGCAGCCGUGCUAGCGGCAGCAUCGGCGGCGUUGCUGGGCGCCGACUCGGCAUCGCCUAUCGACCCCCGGAUCGCCGUGGCCACCCUGCAGGCGCUCGCCGGAUCCCUGGCCGGUGCCGGAUCCCUGGCCGGUGCCGGACCCCUGGCCGGUGCCGGAUCCCUGGCCGGUGCCGGAUCCCUGGCCGGUGCCGGACCCCUGGCCGGUGCCGGACCCCUGGCCGGUGCCGGAUCCCUGGCCGGUGCCGGACCCCUGGCCGGCGCCGGAUCAGCGGGCAGCGCCGGAUCAGCGGGCAGCGCCACCACCUCUUCGUCGUCAGCGUCGUUGUGAAGGGGGGAGGGAGGAGACAGGAGGGAGA